AGCAGGGAGAGGGCUAGGCUCUGAUUGGCUGCUCUGAACAGGGCAAGUUUGGCGCGAGUUUUGGCAGCCGGAGGCGUCCGGAGCGGUAGGAUGGCAUCACCGGGAAGCUUAAGAUACCCGGGGUCCCCGGGUGCAAAACAUUCAAAGAACACUCUGGGAAGAGCACAUUCCAGGAAACACAAAGCUGAUCAAAAGCACAAGCCUAAGGACGUGUUUGACUUUCCUAAUAAUUCUGAUGUCUCAAGCAUGCUGGAAGAAAUGGAGGAAGAAGAGGAACCGUAUGAAACCUUUGACCCUCCUCUGCACAGUACUGCUAUCUAUGCUGAAGAGGAACUAUCCAAACACUGCGGGUCCUCUGCCUCUCCGGCCACUCACGGAAGAGAGGAAGGCAGAAGUAUGGACCCUUCUGCAAACGAAGCAAAUGGAAACAAGUCUGUAAAGAUGAGUUCGAAAAAGCCGAGUAGAAAGCUGGAUCCCAUCAGCGACGAGUGUGAGAGCUCUGAAGAUGACGUCAGGAGGAGAGUGGGGUCCCUGGAGAGAGCAGAACAGCACCAGGCUGCUCCUGCAGUGUCUUCGGCACCCCCUGUGAAGCCAGCCGAGCGAUCCACUCCUAAGAGGACAAGACCCCACAGCACUCAGCCCUCUGCUGCAGAGGGGACUCGAGCAACACAAAGACAGCGGAAAACUCAGAAGGAAGUGAGGCCGUCUCCCAGCAGAAGGAAGACACCAGGGAACAGAGCCACAGACUCGGAUGCUUCUGAAAGUAUGCAUAUUUGGUGUCUAGAAGGAAAGAGACGUGGUGACAUCAUGGAGUUGGAUGUUAUUUUGUCUGUCUUUGAGAAAACCUUCCUGGAGUAUAAACCAAGAGUAGAAUCUGAAAGGUGUAAUGAAGCCAUCAACAAUUUUUAUUUUAAAAUUAAAGGAGAACUCAUCAGAAUGCUUAAAGAAGUCCAGGUGCUGAGAGCCCUGAAAAGGAAGAACGCCAAGAUGAUCUCCGACAUGGAAAAGAGGCGGCAGCGUUUGAUUGAGGUCCAGGAUGAACUGCUUCGAUUAGAACCACAACUGAAACAACUACAAAAACAAUAUGACAACCUUAAGGAGAGAAAGUCAUCACUGAAGAAUUCCAUGCAUUUCUUAUCUAAUUUAAAACAGCUAUAUCAAGACUAUUCGAAUGUCCAAGAGAAAGAACCAAAGAAAAAGGAGAAGUAUGAUUCAUCUAGCCUUCCAGCUCUGUUGUUUAAAGCAAGAACGAUUCUAGGAGCCGAAAAACACCUGAAAACCAUCAACUAUCAGCUGGGGAAGCUCCUUGAGCAGGACCGAGAAGACAUUAGCUGAGUC